AUGAAGUUAACAACCAAUCUUACACUUGCUGUCGCAGCAUCUACUGCUUCAGCACACACUAUCUUUGUCUCCCUCAAUGGCGGGAAAGUCGGCGAUGGCGUCCGUGUCCCAUCAUACGAUGGACCUAUCACUGAGGUGACCUCAAACGACAUCGUCUGCAAUGGUGGACCGAAUCCCACUAAAUCGACCUCAACCGUCAUCAAUGUCCAAGCGGGCUCAACCGCCAAACUUACAUGGCGCCACACUCUCACCUCGGGCCCGAACGAUGUCAUCGAUGCCUCACACAAGGGCCCUGUUAUGGCCUACCUCAAGAAGGUUUCUGAUGCUACAAAGGACUCAGGCGUUGGUGGUGGCUGGUUCAAGAUCGCCGAGGACGGUUUCGACGGAUCUAAAUGGGGUGUUGAUCGGUUGAUUGCAAACCAGGGCGAGCAGACCGUUACCAUUCCAUCUUGCAUUGCUCCUGGUCAAUACCUCCUCCGUGGAGAACUCAUUGCCCUCCAUGGCGCACAAUCACCUAAAGGUGCACAGUUCUACAUGGAAUGCGCUCAGAUCAACAUCCAAGGUGGCUCUGCUUCUAAAACACCGUCCAGUGUCAGCCUCCCAGGCGCCUAUUCUGCUAGCGAUUCUGGUAUACUUUUCAACUUGUACUCUGGGAAGACCAGCUACAAGGCUCCUGGCCCAGCUGUCUUCAAGUGCUAAUUUAUUUGAUUAUACCUUUGUAUGUCAGUAUAUUAGUGAGCAUGACGCUUUGUGGUGGUCACGUAAGAAUGCAAGAGCAAGAUAGAUAUCGUUAGCAACGGAAACCUUGGAUAAACAACCAAGGCUAAUACGGACAGUUGUGACUCACAGAACCAGGAGCGAAAUGGGAGAUACAGUUAAAGAGUCAUUAGACAUUUAGGAAUGAAUCUUUGUUAUCUUCAUUUGCGACUUAUGCAUCUACUCACUCGGUUCUGGUUUUUAGCUAAAUAACUACCUUCAAUGGAAUUCACCCCUAAAGGCAAUACUGAUUCAUGUGUUGUUUGCGUGAGCUGAGCAUAUGUCAAUAGAGUUUGGUGUGCAACUUGUCGCAAAGAUAUUGUUUUCUUAAUCGUUUUCUAACUUUGUAAAAG